AUGAUCGGAACACGACACCCAAGGCCUGCUGAGUGCCGACAGUCCGGCUGCCUUCAGCAGAACCUCUUCAGGUCUCGCUUGACGGCCCCCGCCGCUCGCAAGGCUAUGGAGCGUUAUCAUGUUGGGCUGGCCGGAAUGCUGAUGGUCAGUACAGCAUCAAGACGGUGCUACAUUGCUUCUGCAGGCGUUGCUGUUGACGCUGUAGAGGACCAACACGAUAUCGAUAGAGUCGGCUGGUGGUCAGGAGGAAUCGAGCAACCACCACAGUCAAGUUCAAGUUCACACCACUUCGGUCAGCGUCGCUCCUACAGACACAUCGCAAACACAGCAAUGUCUGUGCUGUAUUGUGCUAUAUUUAAUCCUCCGCACGGACCGCUUCCCGCCAACACCAGUGAACGUCAACUUCGACAUCUUGCAAGCCGUUUGACAGGCUGGCAGCAGACCAGAGAGCUGGAAGUAGAAGGGAAGAGAGCGGCUGACGCGUUGAGCAUCGUCGGUGGACAAGCGGGAGCCCGAUCCGGUAUCGUAGCUCUCAUUCUGAAGGCUGGUCUAUACUGA